AACAUACGUCUAAAGCAAAGCUCAGUUUGCAGACGCCUUCUGAAACGAGAGCGAUUGGUAGAAAACUAUUUUCAAUUUAACUCGUGGGCGUGGCUAGGUUUUAUUUUUGGCGUGGCUUAUUUUACUACCAGGAAAGAUAGCGGAAACGUAGUUUUACGGCUUGACGUAGCUUGCGUCUAAAAUUCCCCUCAUCCUAUUUUGCGCCGGUUUGGUUAAAAAAUUUAGCUGAGUCCACGUUGAUUGAAACCAGCACAAGCCAAAGGAAAAUAAACUCAUCUUAGCCACCAGGACACAGGGUCCUUUAUUCAUUUCCUUCUUUAGAGGGCGCAGUAACCUUGAAGCUGGACUGCAGCCUUUCGGAAAUCCCUUGUUAGCAAUGGCCAGUCAUUGAGUCUUCACUGUGGCUCUUAUGGUUUGAUUAAACGCUGGCGGUAACCGUGCCUCACAAUGGGAGCGAACUCUGGUGGAAGGUACGAUUCCUGGACUAUGUAAAGCGGUGCUUAGAAUGCGCGGAAGUGAAUUCUGCUGGUGAAACACACCUUCUGAAUAAACUUGGACGCACAAGGGAGCAGGUUGUGGAUGGUGCCGCAUGGGGGCGGGAAUUUGAGCCGAAGUUGCCCCCAGUACGGAUGUGUCUUGCAAUACGUGUUUGCCUUGGCCUCUUGGUGUGAUAUCUCUGGAAAGGGACGUAACAUCCUCCUGGCGGCAUUGAACUGGCAAGACGUAUUUAAAGGAGCCCAGCGAAAGGUUCCCACUAUUUGGGACUUCCUAGCCGAAGUAAAUCACGAUAAGGUUCCUGUUCCCAAUCGAUCCCACAGCAACCGAGCAUCAAGGCUGGUGUUUUGGAGCGAACAGGUAGACCAGGAGUUAAGAGGACAAGUAGAUCUGUUCUGUGAACUAACAGGACAUUUACCUCACCAUAUGGAUGGACACCAGCAUGUUCAUGUUUUACCAGGUAUACGAGAUAUAUUUGCACAAGUACUUUCAGAUUAUGGAAUCAAGUAUACUCGAGUCCCUAUCGAACCAGGCCUGCGUGACUGUGAUUGGAUAGGACAACAGCUAAUGGACUUCUAUCUGCAAGUCGAAAAAGAUGCAUUCAAUUCAAUAGAUGUAUUUAAACAACAUGGAAUCAGGUGGGCUGAUAUCUACAUUGGCCUAACAACAAUGGGGAAAAAUAUGUCAGUAUCAAAUAUCCAGCGAGUUAUCGAGAAUGCCAUAGCCACAAGGGCAGACACGUCCUGUGGGAAAAGAUUCCAACCUCUGCAGGAUGAUACAAUAUUGACAAUGGAACUAAUGGUACAUCCUGGUUAUUCCAGCUUUCCUGAAGAGGGUGGAUGUGGUGAAGGGCCUGAUGAGUUUUCGAUGUCUGCAGAUAGAUUUCUUGAACUGCAAACCCUCAAGGAGUCAAAGCUACUAAAAUAUUACGAGGACAAAAAUAUACAACUGUGCUCUUUCAAAGACAUAAAGGAAAUAGGAUCAGAAAAAAUAAUUCAGAGGGAGGGGGACGAACACAGACUUGAGGCUUUCAGUGACUAGAAGAUGACAAUGCCAGAAAUCUUUGCAAAUUAAACGCCAUGGAAUCACAGAAAAAGAUACGGGUUUACAAGUGAAACUAGAUGAUCCAACAUUUCACUGGUCAUACAGAAAAAUACUUAAUCUUUAAUGGAAUUGGAAUUCAACUACAGUAGGAAAUCCCCUUUCGGAAACUUCAGUUACAAUCAGAGCAGAUAUCAGUGCCAAUUCUUAAUGAAAAUCUAAAUCAUCAGUUGAACUUAUUGGGUGUUCAAGGAAAUAGAAAUUAUGUCCAGUGCUGUGUUCCAAAUACUUCAAAGUUUGCUAUGCACAGCAUCAAAACAAAGAAGUAACAAGGCAAACAAUUUUGAUAAAAUUGAUGCCUCAGAAAGCUUGUAUUUAGAAAGCAUUAAACUAUACUUAUAUAAAUGAAUACUGACAUACAGAAUUACAAAAUGUGCAAUAACUUGAAACUUAAUAUGAAGACAUAGGAGAAAUCAAUUAUUAAAAUCAGCGUUUGGUCAUAAAAACUGGUGACUUAAACUGCUCAACUUUCACAGAAGUACAGAACUGCUGUGACACAGAAGGCUAUACAUCCCAUCAUGCCUGCACAAGUUCAGUUGGCUACUGCUAAUCGCUUGUCUUCACCACCCCCCCCCCGACCAAAUAUCCCUGAACAGCAUCAUUAUCAAAAUUAUCAUCCAAUGCCUGUCUAAAUGCCUCAAUUACAGCAUGCAUUUGUAAGCACUAGAGUAUGUCUCUAGUUCCUUGAUGCCAAGUACUGUUAUCCAUCAGAGUUACUGGCAAGGUUUAUGGUUUGGACGGUCCUAAUACAAACAACUGCACCCACAAACUCCUGAAACACUACAGUCUAUGCUACCCACGAGGUUAUUUCACAACUGUGAAGUGGAUGGGAGAGUAUCCUGGGUCUGGAUGGCUGCCGAUUGGUUGUACUCAAGUAUGCUAUUUUUUAAAAAAUGGUUUUGAUUUGAUUGACUUUUCACUUAAAAACAAGACAAUGUGCUGUUGUAUAAAAGGUAACAGAACAUUCAAAUGAAUCUUAAUAGAAUUGUCAAAUAAAAUUUAAUGAUUUGG